AUGCCUGCAACUCUACAAGACUCUACAAGAACCCUAUCUUUGAAUACCGGUGCUCAAAUUCCUCAAGUAGGCUUAGGAACGUGGCAAUCAAAGGACAACGAUGCUUACAAGUCGGUUUUGGCAGCUUUGAAAGACGGCUAUAGGCACAUCGAUACCGCUGCUAUUUACCGUAACGAAGAUCAAGUCGGCCAAGCAAUAAGGGAUUCAGGCGUCCCUCGAGAAAAAAUAUUUGUUACCACAAAGUUAUGGUGUACGCAACACCACGAACCUGCGAAGGCCCUGGAUCAAUCCCUGAGAAGAUUAGGAUUGGAUUACGUGGACUUGUAUUUGAUGCAUUGGCCAGUCCGUUUGGACCCAGAUUAUAUCAAAGAUGGAAACAUCUUGAGCGUGCCAACAAAGCAAGACGGUUCUCGUGCAGUAGAUAUCACCAACUGGAAUUUCAUCAAGACCUGGGAAUUAAUGCAAGAAUUACCAAAAACCGGUAAAGCCAAGGCGGUUGGUGUGUCCAACUUUUCUAUAAACAACUUGAAAGAUUUGCUAGCAUCGAAGGGUAACAAGCUUACGCCAGCUGCUAAUCAAGUGGAAAUACACCCAUUGCUACCUCAAAAUGAACUGAUCGACUUUUGCAGAGGUAAAGGAAUCAUGAUUGAAGGUUAUUCCCCAUUGGGUAGCACCGAUGCCCCACUAUUGAAAGAACCAGUGAUCCUGGAAAUUGCCAAGAAAAACAACGUCCAACCUGCCCACGUUGUCAUUAGCUGGCAUGCUCAAAGGGGCUAUGUUGUUUUGCCCAAAUCUGUCAAUCCUGAUAGAGUCAAAGCGAACAGGAAAAUAUUCACCCUAUCCGACGAGGACUUCGAGGCUAUUAACGGUAUAUCAAAGGCAAAAGGGGAGAAAAGAGUUGUUCAUCCAAACUGGUCUCCUUUCGAAGCAUUCAAAUGA